AUGCCUGAAAGCACAUACGAUAUCAUCAUUGCUGGAGGUGGAACGGCAGGCUGCGUGCUUGCCUCCCGACUCUCCACUGCCGAGCCGUCCCUCAAGAUCCUUGUCCUUGAAGCAGGCCCCCAUACUCGCAAUGACCUCUUCCACGUGCAACCCGCACGUUACCUACACCAUCUGCGCCCUGACAGCACGACAAUCAAGUUCUAUACCGCAAAGCACAGUGAAGAAUUGCUUGGCAGGCAGCUAGUAGUCCCCUGCGGGCAAUGCCUAGGUGGAGGAAGCAGCGUCAACUUCACCAUGUACACCCGAGCUUCGGCGUCCGACUAUGACGAUUGGGAAACAAAGUACGGGAAUGCAGGAUGGGGGUCAAACGACCUGAUUCCUCUUCUGAAGAAGAGCGAGACCUACCAAAUUGCGAAGGAUCAAGAGACUCACGGAUAUUCGGGCCCUCUGGGCGUCUCUUACGGCGGUCACUUCACCAAUGUCGGCCAGCAAUUCUUGGAAGUCGCUAAGGAGUAUGAUAAAUCGCGAGGCAAGACCAAUGACCUCAACGACCUGAGCGAGAAGAGUCUCGCCUAUGGUCGGUGGCAAAAAUGGAUCGAUGCUACGAAUGGGACACGCUCGGAUGUUCCCCACCACUUUAUUUACGGCAAAGAAAAUGACCAUCCUAAUCUUGAGAUCCAAACGGGAUGCCUCGUGAAGAGAGUCAUCUUCGACCCCUCCGGCCCGGAAGCAUAUACUGCGAAGGCAUCGAAGCUUGUGGUCCUCAGUGCAGGGACUUUCGGGUCUCCACAAAUCCUGGAAAGGAGCGGCAUCGGACGCCGGGAUGUAUUGGAGCAGGUAGGCGUCGAACCGCUCGUGCAGCUAGAUGAGGUGGGAGAGAACUACCAAGACCAUAAUGUGAUGUUCGUGCCAUACUUAGCGUCGGACGAGGCAGAGACACUGGAUGGAAUUGUAAGGAAUGAUGCCGAUGAAGUGAAAAAAUGGGACAGUAUAUGGCGUGCCAAAGGAUCCGGAUUGAUGUCCAAUAACGCCCUGGACGCAGGCAUCAAACUUCGUCCCACACCAGAAGAACUGAAGGACAUCGGGCCAGAAUUCGAAGAGACGUGGAAGGAGUACUUCGAAAAAGCCCCAGAUAAGCCAGUGCUCUGGAUUGGAGCAGUCUCGAUGUUCGUCGGGGAGCCCUCCUCAGUACCGCCAAGGAAGUACUUCAGUAUGGGUUAUUUCACGACAUAUCCAGUAGCGCGUGGAUACCUGCACAUAACCGACAGAGAAGAUAUCAACGCACCUCCGUCAUUUGAUCCAAGGUAUCUGACCGAUAAAGCGGAUCUUGCUCUCUUAAAUUGGGCAUACAAGCGGUCAAGAGAGUUUGCUAGGAGGUUAGGGGUCUACCAAGGAGAGUACACGCAGGCCCAUCCCAAGUUCGACGAGCAAAGCCCCGCGUUUUGCAGGGACAGCGGCACUCCAGCUGCAGUUCAUGCAGAGGAUAUACAAUACAGUGGUGUAGACGAGGAAGCCGUCGAGCAAUAUACGAGAGAAUUUGUGGCUACUGCGUGGCAUUCCAUUGGAACAUGCGCAAUGAAGCCUCAUGAACAAGGGGGUGUCGUCGACUCCAAGUUGAAUGUCUACGGGACUCGGGGACUAAAGAUUGCUGACUUAUCCAUAUGCCCUAGUAACGUCGGCUCGAAUACGUACUCGACCGCAGUCACAGUAGGAGAGAAGGCGGCGGUCAUCAUUGCCCAGGAAUUGGGGAUCGCAGGCCUAUAG